GGAGCUGGUGCGCAUGCGCAGGUCGGGAGGUGCGGUAAGUCUGCGCUGCGGUAGUCUUGCGCAGAGCCGAGCGGCCCCUGGAGAUGCCUGGCGCCUCGGCCUGAGGAGCGGUCAGCGACGCGAUGGAGCGAGCAAGGGAUCGCUUACACCUGAGACGAACUACAGAACAGCACGUGCCAGAGGUGGAAGUCCAAGUCAAACGUAGAAGGACAGCCUCACUGAGCAAUCAAGAGUGUCAUUUGUACCCAAGGCGUUCUCAGCAGCAACAAGUACCUGUGGUGGAUUUUCAGGCGGAACUGAGACAGGCCUUCUUAGCUGAGACACCAAGAGGUGGUUAAAGCAAUAUUGGAACAUCAAGGUAGCUGAUUUCAAGGAAAAAAAUAACAGGCUCUAUCUACUGUUUCUGAAGCUUCUGCCCAGCUUGCAUUGUUUGUAGGAGAACCUGCAUCAUACCUUUAUCUGUACCAAGCCUUCCUUUAGGUGUUAAGGAUCCCAAAAUUUUACUGUUGACAUCGGCUUUGGU